UCUGUGCUCUCUGGGUCUUAGGGCCUCCAAGGGAUAUGAUGGGGUGUCAUCGGAAGAGGACUGGAGUAGAUUAUUUGAGAACACUAUAACAUUAGGAGCCCUGAGCCUCAGCUCAGACCCUCAUUUCUCUGAAGAGUCCACUUGAUGCCAACCAUGUUCACUGCCUUGGGCUCCCUGGUGACCACCAUCUGGGCAGUGCUCCGUCUCCGGACUCUCUUGCUGGCUGUUGUCACCUUUCUUUUCCUGGCUGACUACCUCAAAAGACGGCACCCCAAGAACUUUCCACCUGGUCCACGAUGCCUGCCCUUCAUAGGCAACUUAUUGCAGUUGGACAUGGGGCAGCCGCACAUGGGGAUCCACCAGCAUGUGAAGAAGUAUGGGAAUGUUAUUAGUCUGGAUUUUGGAAUCAAGUCUUCAGUGAUUGUAACCAGUCUGCCUUUAAUCAAAGAAGCCUUUACUCACCUGGAAGAAAAUUUUAUGAGUCGCCCUCAAUUUCCAUUGCAAAAUCUUGUCUUUAAUAAAAAUGGAUUGGUCUUCUCCAGUGGCCAGACAUGGAAGGAGCAAAGAAGGUUUGCUCUGAUGACUCUGAGGAACUUUGGGUUAGGAAAGAAGAGCUUAGAGCAGUGCAUACAGGAGGAGGCCCGGCACCUUGUGGAGGUCAUAAAAGAGGAGAAAGGACAGCCUUUCGACCCUCAUUUCAAGAUCAACAAUGCUGUUUCCAAAAUCAUUUGCUCCAUCACCUUUGGUGAGCGUUUUGAGUACCAUGACAGUCAGUUUCAGGAGCUCCUGAGGUUACUGAAUGAGGCCACAAGUUUGACUUCCUCAAAGAUGGUCCGGUUCUCUCACAUUUUCUCUGUAAGGAAUCUAGGAAAUGUCUUCUUUAGCUACGAAGCAGAAAAAGUCCAGGCUGAAAUUGACAGAGUGAUUGGCCAGGAGAAGCAGCCCAGCCUGAAUGACCGAGACGCCAUGCCCUACACCAAUGCUGUUGUCCAUGAGGUGCAGAGAAUGGCAAAUAUCGUUCCUCUAAAUGUUCCCAGGGAAGUGACAGUGGACACAACACUGGCGGGAUUCCACCUGCCCAAGGGCUCCAUGCUCCAGACCAAUUUGACUGCCCUGCACAGGGACCCCAACGAAUGGGCCACCCCAGAUGUCUUCAAUCCGGAGCACUUUUUGGAGAAUGGAGAGUUUAGGAAGAGAGAAUCUUUUCUGCCUUUCUCAAUGGGAAAGCGAGCUUGCCUUGGAGAACAACUGGCCAGGUCUGAGCUCUUUAUUUUCUUCACUGCUCUUGUGCAAAAAUUUACUUUCAAGCCGCCAGUCAAUGAGAAGCUGAGCCUGAAGUCUAGAUUGGGCGUCCCCAUUUCCACAGUCAGCCACCAUCUCUGCGCUGUCCCUAGACUGUGAAAUCAGAGACAGAACAGGAACUACCUAGCAAUCCUCUGAGCCAAUGGGGCCACUAAUAUGUGAAGGGAGAGAAGGAAGGUGACCAGGGAAGGAUGUGAAGAUUAGGCUACGGUUUUUAUAUCCAUGUCCUGGACUGCUGUGUGCUCUAAAUUGGUGGUGCAUACAUUGCUUAUAAAUCUUUUUAUCUAGGAGUCGCAAAGAUAAUGAUAGUUCCUCCUGUAAAAAAAAAGUGUUGUAAAUAUGAAAGAUGGGUUAGAAACAGCAUGGAAAUUAAUAAAGUUAUAUCAUAAAUUGUACCUUCA